AUUUUCCCCAGCUAAGAGGAGCGGAAAGAUUCCACCAGUGGGCUUGCAUCAUGGAGGCUAGCAGUCAAUCCAGCAGUCAGCAGAUUCUGUGGAAAGAUGUCGAGGCUGGAAAAGAGAAGAAGGCCAAGUACCACACCUAUCAGCGAGUGGCUCUGGUCCUGGCUCUGGUCUUCCUGGUUUUGGCUCUGUGUGUUUUCAGCCUGAGAUAUCUGUGGGGCCCCAGUCUGGGGAAGGUUUAUGACCAUCAGUACAAAGCCGUUCUGGAUGGGGUAGAGACAGACAGCAUGCUGGAGAUUGACCCCGGUCACCACAUUGAGAUCUUCAGAAUGGGAAACGGGAGCGAGGAGGUGCUUGAGGUGCACGACUUCAAAAAUGGAAUCACUGGGAUCCGGUUUGCCGAACAUCAGAGGUGCUACAUCAGGACCCAAACUAAGAAACUACCCACAGUGGCAGAGGUGGAGGCUGAGGACACAGAGCUGCUGCAGGUGGAUGAGACUGAGGCCAUGGAUCUGAAGGUGGAGGACUCCCAAGUGUGGGUUCCUGCAGAGGAGCCCAUCGUUAACCCGGCCUUCCUCCUCGACUCCAAGAUCUGGGAGAUUUGCCAGCAACUGCCCAUCCACUGGAUCCAUCCCUCCCCCCUGAGCGAUGCUGAGGUUGCAAAUGUGGACACACCUGACGCGGAGCUCACAGGCCAGCGUUUCACCCGCGACGUCCUGGACCACGCUCCCGUAAAUGACUAUAGGGAUGUUGGAAUCGAGCUGGAUAACCGUCUGGAUGACCGUGGCUACUGCUGCCAGCACUGUCGCCGUGGUUACCGCUUCUGCCGCCGCUACCACGAGCCCCUGGGUGGCUUCAACCCCUGGCCAUACUACUACCAAGGAGGCCGGGUCAUCUGUCAGAUUGUCAUGCCGUGCAACUGGUGGAUCGCUCGCAUGCUGGGGAGGAUCUGAGGCUGCCGUGUGCUGUCUGGGAGUUAAACUGUUUAUGUUGUCAUAGGUGCAAAUUCGCCUCUUGAUAAAUAUCCCUGACCACUUGUAAGACCAAAGCAAUCUAUUGCACACAAUUAUUAGCUAAAGUAUGAGUCAGUCUAAAUGGCAUUUGAAACAUUCCGAUUCUUUCUUAGAAGGUAUUAGUUGUUUAUAGCUGUCUAAUUUUCUCUCAUUUAGUCUCCUUGCUAUUUGAGCCUGCUCAAUGAGUGCAAUUUAGUUUGCAAGAUGUCAACAGAAACUGAUCCUUGCUAAAAAAAAAAAAAAAAAAACUUCAACAUCAACUGUCUUUACUUUUGCCACUUCCAUUUUGACUUUUUGAGUUGUUAUUGUAUUACUGUAACGUAUGAAAACAGUAUAACAAAAAGUAUCGCUAUAUUAUCUCAGUGGUGUUAUCACAUUUACCUAAAUACACCUUUACCAAGCACUUUAUUAGGAACACCAGUGCAAUCUAACACAAUCCAACACAGCAGCUCUGUCAUAAACUUUUAUGAAGCUUCUACGGGUUUUGUUGACAUUGUCAGAAAGGUGACAUUUCUACUUUAUGUUUUUUAUUGAGGUCAUAGUUGGUGGCGGCAAACUGGAUUGCAUUAUACUGAAAAGUGUUCUUAAUAUUUUGUCCACUCUAUUAAAAUGUGAAAUAAUAGGAUUAUUUUUCAAUACAAUUCAGUCGUGUACGCCGCCACCUCCCACUGCGACCUCAUUAAUAGACAUAAAGUAGAAUGAUCACCCUUCUGACAAUGUCAACAAAAACCGAAAAUACAGAAGCUUCGUAAAAGUACAAUUUAUGGCAGAGCUGUUGUAUUGGAUUGCAUUAGAUUGCACAGGUGUUCCCAAUAAAGUGCUUGGUGAGUGUAUAUAUCUCUGUUUUUUUUGUCAUCUGUUUUUUUUAUUGCUUUCUUAACUAGCAGAUAAAAGUCCAUCCCAUGGCCCACACUACACUGGCCCCUAAAGACAAAGCAUAUACAAGAAAAAGAACGGGCAGUGAGGGAAACGCAUUCCAAAUCCAGAAAUGCCACAAAAAGCAAAACACAUACAAAUUGGAAAUGCUUAAAUAAAAAUGCAACCAAAGGAAUCUGCUGCGCCAGACGUGCUCUGGGACGCUAGGGGGAGUGAUGAGGCCAAUUUGAAUAGGCAGCAAGGUUGCAGGGAGUCAAGUUAUUAGCAGAGUCCUAUCAAGUGACCACAAGAUCUCCAUAAAAUUAAGUAAACAUUGUCAAAGACACAAAAAACCCAAAACUUGCUUAGCUUACGCAACACUUCUUGGAUGUGGACACAAACCAACAUACUUAGAAAGAUUUAAAUAUGUAAAGACAUCAAAUGCAAAACAGAAAUGGAAAGUAUUCAAAUUAGGAAAAGAAGAAUAGGAAGAAGAGAAAAAAGAGAAUAAUUCCAGCAUACCAGUACAGAAAUAGAAGAAGAUGCAAAGGACCAAGCUUUGAGAGUUUUUUGUUUUUUUUUUUUUUUUUGGUAUCAUGUUAAAAUAAGGAUGUAUAAUUGAAGAUGCACAGAUCUCAGCUGUCUUUUGUUAUGUACUUACUGAUGUGUUCUCCUCCACUGUUUUCGCUGUUGUUGCGAUCCGCACAAUGCUUUAAAUAGUGCCACUGUUCAAACAGCUUCUUCUUUGCCGAGGCGAUUUUAAUCUGUAACACUGCAUCUCGGUGUGUCAAGCUGAAAUGACUCUCAUCUGCAACUAACAGAUAAUCAAGGCAUAGGCAUUUGUAAUUGAUGUUCUGUCAUCACAAUAACAAGGUGCACAAAUGCCCAAGAGUAUUCAAGCCUAUGUGAAAUAUUCAGAAGUUAAACAGAGAGACAAAAAAUGGAGCGCUCUUGUUGUGAUAGUUGGCUUUGAAGUCUUCUGUAUGUUUCGAACACUUUCCUUGUUUUUUUUUCCCAAUUAAAAUUUCAUUGUAUGAAUAAUCUCAGCUGUCCUAUCAUAUGAAACAAUGCGAUUUCCUUGAAAGACACUUAAUACCCUGGGGUGUUUGCGUGACAGCUGAUAGCACUAUGGGUUUGAAUCCACAGAAAAGAUAGACCUCCUUUUCUCCUCUCCAUUAGUCCCAUUUGUUAUUAGCAAAAUUAUUUAGCACCACAUUGUUGUGACAAGAAGAAAAUAGACAUAUAUGCUUGUAUUGUUUCCAUUUUGUAACCUGAGACUCCGUUGUGUAUCUGACGUAUGAUAAUGCUUUGUUUACAGUAACAUGAAAGUAUCUCGUCUGCUAAGUAAAUAUCCAUGUUGACUCAUGCUGGCUCAGUAUGAUAGUAAUGUCAGUGAUAUCAAUAAUAAUUGGCAGUGAAAUGGAUUUUGUGAAAAAGAGGGCAAAACACAUUACUGCAUGUAAAUGUUUUAUGAAUAUGCUCAUAAAUGGAGUUCAGACUGCAACCAUAUUGUUAUUUUUAAAUCAAUAAUGUCAAUAGCCCAAAGCAACAUGUCAAGUAAAAAAAUACUGGCAUGAGUUAACAAAUGCAAUAAUUGCAAACAUACUUCAAAUAAACUGACAAGUGUACUGCAAA